AUGCUGUUUGCGGAUGAUUUUGUCGGUAUGUCGGACACCCCUGAGGGACUGCAACUGCAAAUUCACGCGGCGAAGAAGGAGGAACCGGUAGAACAUAUAUGGAAGUGGGGGAUCGAGAAUAUUGCAGUAGUGGACCAGUACACAUACCUUGGAGUAGAGAUCGCAAAAGACUGCUCGUGGAAUGCACAAUGUCCAAGGGCAGAAUUGGGGAUCCAGUCCCUACGGUCGGGAGCAGACGCGCGAAAGCUGACAUGGCACUAUCGCAUGUGCGGGAUGGGAGAGGAGAGGUUGCCGAGGAUUGUAUGGGAGGCGAAGUGGGCAAACAAAAAGAGGGGUAGACAACCCACGGAAUGGGUCAAGGUUGUAGAGGACGUAUGGAAGGGGCUCGACAUCGACGAAGAUGAAACGCUGGAAACGGAGGGUCUACAGGGGUUCAAGGAGAAGAUAUCUGUUGCUUGUGCCGAGAGAGAAGAACAGAAUCUGAGGAAAGAAUCCAAGGAUAAGGAGGGUCUAGAAGUGUACGGAAUGUUGAAGGAAGGAAUAGGGUUCAAGGACUACCUACAUGGACCAAUGGAUGCAGGAACAAAGCUUAAGGUCAAAUUCAGGACCGGGGACAUAGGCCUUCGAGAACGUCGACGAAGACAUAGGACGGUAGACGACGAAGACGACGAGUUCAAAUGUGAUUGCGGCUUCGAAUGCGAAGACCGUGUUCAUGUAGUCGCGGAAUGUCCGUUGUACAAGAAGGAGAGGGAAGUGUACAUGACUGAGCUGGGAAAAAUAGAUGGAACGUACAGGGAGAUGUUUGAGGCAUGGAAUAGAGAGGAAAGGACGGUAGCUGUACUGGGGAGUAGGAAGUGGUUUGAAAAGGCGGGAAGGGAUAUCGUUAGGAGAGACAGACUGGUUCGACCAAGCGAGGAACCUGUGACGAGAUGGCGGCAAAGCGGCGUUGUCAGGAAGGAGAGUCUCAAGACGUGGCGUCAGCAGUUGUCCAAGGUCCGAAUAGCAUGGAAAACCUCCAACCAGCUGGCAAUAUGA